AUGGAGUCUGUCUCCAAGAAGAGAAGAAGACAACAAGAAACAACUACAGAAGAAGAGAUGAAGAGGAAGAAGAUGAAACUUCUGGACAGCCAGGAAAGAACAGAAGAAAGAAGCAGCCAGGAGAGACAGCCCAUUCAAGCUGAGCGUCUACCGGAACACAUUAUUACCAACUAUGAGUUCCACUCGAUUCUUGGCCGAGGCACGUUUGGCAAGGUGUUUUUGGCUUCCAUCCCCACGAAGAAAGAACGCGUGGCUGUAAAAGUCAUCAGGAAGACACCUAAGGACGAGGAGAAGAAAGUGAUAGAGAAGGAGGCCAGAAUCCUGAAGGUUGCUUGCGGCAGUCCAUUCUUGUGCCGUGGCCAUGCAGCCUUUCAGACCAAACAAUAUGCCUUUCUGGUCAUGGAGUAUGCGGGCGGAGGCAGCCUCAGCAAUCUGCUGGGCAUCAAGCACCAUCUGAAAAAAAGACAUGUCAUCUUUUACUCUGCAGAACUAAUUUGUGGGGUUCAGUAUCUCCAUUCUCUAGGUAUCAUCCAUCGGUAA